GCCGAGUUGCACCCAAACAUGGACACCCGAAUCUCCUUCUUCCUGACUCUUCUCCUCCUCUGCUUUCUCCCAACACCAUCUUCUUCUCGAUCCCUGGCCACAACUGUUCGCUGCAACAAAAACGACUAUGAUGCACUGAUGAAGAUCAAAGCAGCACUUAACAACCCAUACCACUUGGCUUCAUGGGUCGCCAACACCGAUUGCUGUGAUUGGUACGAUGUGGAAUGCGACUCUAGCACUAACCGCAUCAUCAGCCUUACCAUCUUCCAAGCCAACAUCUCUGGUCAAAUCCCUGAUGCUGUGGGUGACCUUCCAUACCUCAACACCCUCGUCUUCCGACACAUUACUAACCUCACCGGAACCAUCCCUUCCACUAUCACAAACCUCAAACUCCUCUCGAUGGUCCGCCUUAGCUAUACCAACCUCUCCGGUGCAAUCCCUUCCUUCGUCAGCCAACUCACCAAUCUCGACUUCCUCGAUCUCUCAUUCAACCAGUUCUCCGGUUCCAUCCCCUCCUCCCUCUCCUCACUCCCUAAAUUAACAGUUCUCCACCUCGACCGCAACAGUCUCACCGGAGCAAUCCCCGAAACAUUCGGAAAUUUCCAACAGUCUUUAAACCUCUACCUCUCUCACAACCAGCUCUCUGGUGAGAUCCCAAAUUCCUUAGGGGAUGUGGAUUUCACCACCAUCGACUUGUCGAGGAACAAGCUUCAAGGGGAUGCGUCAAUGGUGUUUAAGGCAAAUGGGUCGACGGAGACGAUUGAUCUGUCAAGGAACAUGUUUGCGUUUAAUCUAUCGAAUGUGGAGUUCGCCAGCAACUUGCAGCACUUGGACAUUUCACAUAACAAGAUCUAUGGGAGCAUACCAGAGACGAUAACGGGUUUGGAUUUGCAGUACUUGAACGUGAGUUAUAAUCUGUUGUGUGGAAGUAUCCCACAAGGUGGGAAGGUUCAGAACUUUGAUUCCUACUCUUUCUACCACAACAAGUGCCUCUGUGGCUCACCUCUCGCCGCUUGUACGUAACAACCGUCGACAGCACAAACUACUACAUAAAAUAAAUUUUCUUGGGGGGGUAAAAGAUUUAUAUAAAUAAGGGAAAGAACGAAGAAGUUCUUGUAUCUGGUUUUUUCUUUUUACAUAAGAUGCUAUUUUAUCUUUUGCGUGAUAGACUUUCUUAAUCAAAUCAGUAUUAGUUUAUGGAAAUAGAUGAAUAAAUUCCAGACGAAUGCCUUUGAUA